AUGCCAUCCAUGAAUGUUCUCGCGGCGAGUACCAGCAAGUACCCUCAGCGCCCUUGCUCCAGGGCGUCUGCUAAGCAGCGAGCACAACUAGCAGCGUCAGACACCGCCGCCGCAGGUCCUUUGAAGUUGGCAUCUCUGUAUCUGCAACGCCUCUUACGGGCUACAGUAGUACCUCCAAGGAGGGGAAACGAGCAGCCCGCUAUUCUUCCCCCACCCCCCCAGCAAAGAGACCUGGCCAAGGGGCGCGGCACGUCUACCGCAGGCACAGCACAGCACAGCACAGCGCAUACGCUCCCGUGGGUACUCAAUCCGGCCUGUACCGGUACUUGCCCCACCAUCGGCCUUCCAACCCAUCCAUCCCGAUUUCUGCUCAAUCUCAUUUCCAUCGUCGCGCAAAGCCCGAACCAGAGGAGAGGUAAAAAAAAGCGGUCGCCUUUUCGCUCUCUCGCUGGCCACCGGCUUUGCGCUGCCGCUACCGUCGCCCCGGCCCUUUUCCAAAACUUCGCUCCCACAAGACUCCCGGUCCUGGUCCUUGGUUCUGGUUCCUAUGGAAGGAUCUUCGCUGUAGCGCCUCUACUCGACUUUUCUUGUUCUCCUUCCUCUCUGCUCCAACCUGCAACAAGAAAGAACAGAGUCGUCGCUAUUCCAGUUCCUGCUGCCAUGGCGUCGUCCGCGACCUCAAAGACGCCUCUGCCGCACGAGGCCGCUGGUGCCCCGUCGUCGUCUCAGGGCGACAUGUCGAGCUCCAGCAAAUCUCGCGAAGCUCCAGCCGCCGCCGCCGUUCGCUUCUCCUCUGCCGUCGAGGAGAUUGAGCCGCAAACACAACCUGCUGCUGUUGCUACUCCCGCCGCAGCUCCAGCUCCAGCUUCAGCUUCGGCAACGUCAGCUCCGAAUCCAGCAUCGCCGUCCGCGCCGGGACCAACUUCAGCGCCAGGAAUCGCAGUCGAUCCCGCCUCGUCCAAGCCUGCUUCCGUCAACGAGUCCCUGGGGACGGCCACCACAAACACCUCGGAUCGCUUCGAUACCUUCAACGAGGUGGCUGCCGACCAGAUCAAGGCCUUUCAAAAGUCGCUCCAAGCGGUGCCCUUGCAGGAACGCCGCAUGAGCACUUUUGGAUUCGAGGCCUUUUCCCUUCCUGCAUCACGGCUCCGCAAAGAUGGCCCCAUCAUUGGCUUGCAUCCUCCAUGCCAGCCGAUGAUAUAUCCAGUCAUAAGCGCUCCGAAUGUUUUCAUCCCCGAAUCAUCGCCUCACGUCUCCGGCCGCCCGCAGCCCAGCUUGAUGCCCGUCAUCAUGCCCUGCAUAUCCUCUCCUUCUCAGUUCCCACUCCGUUCAGCUGCUAACCCGCCCACCCCUGGCCAGGUUGCUUCUCGCGAAGAUGGCUCCAAUGACUCUACCAGACUGCCUACGCCAAACUCGUCCGGAUGGCAAUCUCCUCACGGCAGUCCUCGGCUUUCCGCGCUGGCCUCUCCUCCACUGACGCCUGCCGGCUCGGAUCCCGACAAGAGGCUACACAAGGACGCCGGUGCUGCCGGCACUCCUACUCCCGCUACCUCCGUCAGCGAUUCGCAUCAUAUCAUCACUCCGCAGCCUUCGAGCCCUACCGCCGACAAGCCGCCUUCUUCCGCCGCUGGCGCUACGGAUCGGAAAGCAGCAGCAGCAGCCCUCGCCCACCGGCCUGGUUCUUCUGACCGCGCCAUGUCCAGGGCCUCGUCGUCCACCGAUGAUCAUCGCCCAGAGUCUCGAGGACUUCACAGAAAGGACUUCUUCUCCGUCGGGCCCAGCUCCGUGCCCGUGUCUCGGGAAUCCAGCCCAUCCAGGAGCUCGGCUUCCAACUAUUACUCCAAGCCAAUGACUCAGCACAAUGAUGCCAACGACCCGUAUGCAAAGGGCCGCCGCCCUCCUCAGCAGCAGCAUGCCACCCGCCACUCAGUCGACCCACGAUUCAUAUUCUCCAUCUCGAGGAAGAAGAAGGACCGAGGUGGCCCAUCGCCCACCUCGUCAAAAACAAGCGUCGGCGUGUACGGCCAGCCCAGGCCGAGUGACGAUUCUGGAUCGGUUGAUGGCGUUCACGGACAUGCGUCUACGGGCUCCAUGUCCGAUCUGAAGCGCUUUUUCCGAAAGUCAGGCCACCACCACAAGAAGCGGGACCAGUCACCGUCAUCUUCCAUCAAGUCAUCGUCCAAAUCCAGUCAGGCCAGCCGCUCUAGCCAACAGCUGCCCUUUGGCGACGACCAUGGAUUGACCUCCAAGUACGGAAGACUCGGCAAGGUGCUGGGAUCUGGUGCUGGCGGCUCCGUCAGGCUCAUGCGUCGAACCGAGGACGGCACCGUCUUCGCCGUCAAGGAAUUCAGGGCCCGACACACGUAUGAGACGGAAAGGGAGUACAACAAAAAGGUGACGGCCGAGUUCUGCGUUGGAUCGACUCUCCACCACGGCAACGUCAUUGAGACCCUGGACAUCCUGCAGGAAAAGGGCCGCUGGUUCGAAGUCAUGGAGUAUGCGCCCUUUGACCUCUUUGCCAUUGUCAUGACCGGCAGGAUGUCGCGGGAGGAGAUUCGAUGCAGCUUCCUGCAGAUCCUCAAUGGUGUCACCUACCUCCAUAGUAUGGGCCUCGCGCAUCGGGACCUGAAGCUCGACAACGUUGUUGUUAGCGACAAGGGCAUUAUGAAGAUUAUCGAUUUUGGUAGCGCCCAUGUCUUCAAGUAUCCUUUCGAAAGCGGAUCCGUCCCGGCCAAGGGCAUUGUCGGUUCCGACCCGUACUUGGCCCCUGAGGUUUACGAUUCCAAGGAGUACAACGCCGAAGAAGUCGACAUUUGGUCUCUUGCCAUCAUCUUUUGCUGCAUGACUUUGCGCCGUUUCCCCUGGAAGAUUCCCCGCAUGACAGACAAUUCGUACAAGCUGUUUGCAGCCACGCCAACUCCUGGCCACGAUCCCGGCAAACUGCUACGUCCCAAGUCCACCAACGACCUUUCAUCUGUGCCUGCUCGAGAAUUCUUGGCCGACGAUGAUGGCAAGUCUCAACGCAGCACGGGACACAAGAGAAAUGAUUCGACGGAUUCCCAAGCGGUAGGUCCUGACACCCCAAAGCUUCCCAUCCCAGGUGUCAGCGUACCCGACAGGUCAAAGGAAGUCGUCCGGGGACCCUGGAGGAUUCUCCGGCUACUCCCCCGCGAAAGCCGCCACAUCAUCCACCGCAUGCUGGACGUCAACCCCAAAACUCGAGCCAGAAUGGGCGAGAUUUUGGACGAACCGUGGAUCGCCGAUACCGUCAUUUGCCAGCAGCUCGAUAGCGGUGAACACAUCCCAGCCCGCGACCACAAGCAUGUCUUGGAGCCUCCCAAUUCUCAGCCGCCUCCUCCGAAAAAAGUCUAA